AAAACUUGUAUUAUAAGACUUCCAAAAUGGCUGGUUCCUUUCAAAUACCGCUGCUCAAUCUGGAGCUGCGUGAAGUCAAGGAGAUCGUGUGGGAGAAAAUUCAAGAGCCAGUAAAUCAGCGUCGCCUCAUAUUGGUGAUAGUUUCGAUUGCGCUGCUGUUGGACAACAUGUUGUACAUGGUGAUUGUGCCCAUUAUACCAGACUACUUGCGCGAAAUCGGCAGUUUUGAGGAUGACACACCAAUGCCACCGCUACUGCGUGAUAAUCGCACCGGUGAAAUAAUACCAGUGCACCACGACCAUCACGGUCAAGACUCCGCCACCGGCAUACUCUUCGCAUCGAAAGCCAUUGUCCAGCUGAUGGUAAAUCCAUUCUCUGGUGGUCUUAUCGAUCGCAUCGGCUAUGAUUUACCGAUGAUGAUCGGCCUAACCAUUAUGUUCUUCUCAACAGCGAUGUUCGCUUGCGGACGCAGUUAUAGCCUGCUAUUCUUUGCGCGUUCACUGCAAGGUGCCGGUUCUGCAUUCGCCGACACAUCAGGCUUGGCUAUGAUAGCCGAUCGCUUCACCGAGGAAAAUGAACGCUCACAAGCAUUGGGUAUUGCAUUGGCUUUCAUCAGUUUCGGUUGUUUGGUGGCGCCACCUUUUGGCGGUGCGCUCUACCAGUUUGCUGGCAAAGAGGUGCCAUUUCUCAUCUUGGCGCUAAUGUGUCUUUUGGAUGGCCUUAUGCUAUUGCUGGUAAUGAAGCCGGUUAAAGAACAAAUACGACAAAGCAAAGAAGUGCAACAACAAUCUAUUCCUAUUUGGCGCCUACUCAUGGAUCCGUACAUUGCAGUCUGUGCCGGCGCAUUGACUAUGGCAAAUGUGGCACUAGCCUUCUUGGAGCCCAUCAUAUCGCUAUGGAUGGAAGAUAAUCUAACAACAGAGAAUUGGAAAAUCGGUAUGGUGUGGCUGCCAGCCUUCUUUCCACAUCUAUUAGGUGUCAUUAUCACAGUUAAAAUGGCGAAAAAAUAUCCACACCAUCAGUGGCUAAUGGCUGCCGUAGGUCUAGCGCUCGAAGGUUUCUCCUGCUUCAUCAUACCAUUCUCUAGCUCCUAUACAAUGCUAAUGAUACCCAUCUGUGUGAUCUGCUUUGGCAUUGCGCUCAUCGAUACUGCCCUUCUGCCUACACUUGGCUACUUGGUGGACGUGCGCCAUGUAUCCGUGUACGGCAGCAUUUAUGCCAUUGCGGACAUUUCAUACUCGAUCGCAUACGCAGUCGGACCAAUCAUAGCGGGUGGUGUAGUAGAAGCGAUCGGUUUUACAGCACUCAACUUCAUCAUUGCCUUCUCCAAUCUACUGUAUGUACCCGUGUUGCGUAAGCUACGCAACAUCUACGACUUUAAACCAUUCGAGAAUGAAGCCAACAUACUAAUGCAAGAUCCACCGAACAAAGAGUAUCAAACCUAUGUAAUGCACGAUCAGAAACCAAUCGAUGGUGAUUUCAAAAAUCAUCUCGAAUAUGGGCAGCAGUAUCAGCAAGAGCAGGAAUCCAAUGUGGAUGACACCAACUACGAGUACCAACAACAAGGUGAAUACCAGCAGACUAGUGGCGGUGGAGGUGGGGGCUUUCAACAGAAUCAGGGCUAUCAGCAACAAUAUCAGCCUGGAUAUCAGGAGCAGGGUGGCAAUUAUCAACAAGAAUCGCGACAUCUUCCACAACAACGCGUUGCUAAUCCGUUCCAACAUCAGCAACAACAACAGCAGCAUCAGCAACAAAUGAAUGAUGGUGUGGGCGCGAGCAGAGGUCCGGCCGGUCCAGCGAAUCCAUUUAGACAAGGGUUUUAAAAUGUUGUCUUACACAAAUUUAGCGGUAAUCUAU